AUGCUCAGAAUUUGCCAGCUGAUCCAGAUCCUCUCCAUCCCCGGUUUCCAGGACAGGAAAAGAGGGAGGUCAGGAUGUCAGGGGGUUUCUCUGCGGUGGGCAGUGGCAGCACCGGGCGCAGAGCUGCGGGACUGGGAGCACGGGCUGGGGGCCUGUGGGGAGCUGCGGGGCCAGGCCGGGGCUGUGGGGCAGCUGGGGCUCAGCGCCGGGCGCUGCCUGACCCCACCAGCCCCGGGCAGGGCCGGCACUGGCCCCCGGCCCCCAGGAGGCUGCGGGACGCCCCGGCCGCUGCCCGGCCCCGGGGAGCUGCCGGCCCUGCCCGCCGGGGGGGCCGCCUUUGGACACUGCGAAGCCUCCGGCGACGUGAAUUUCCCCGCACGCUCCCGGCGACGGGGCAGCCACCUCUGUCCUAGCCACAGCAAGCGGGACGAGGCAGCGCUGCUCCGGCAGCGGCUCCUGCCCAGGCAGCGGCGGGAAGGAGAGCGCGGGCAGCCGCUCCCGCAGCGCCCUCGGCCCAGGGCCACCACGGGCCGGACACGGCACAAGCAAGCCGCCGCAGCCCCCUGCCGCCCCCUCCGCCCGCAGCGAGCCCCGAGCCCUCGCAGAACCCAGCGCGGCUCCCACCUGCGCCGGGGCCGCCUCCCAGCUCCGCCAAUGCCGCCUCCCCGGCCUCCGGCCGCUGCCGCCGCUCCCGGGCCCGCACAGACGCUCCGCCAAUGGCGCCGCUGCCCAGCCAGGGCCGCCCUCAGGCCGCCAGCGGGGCCGUGCUUCGCCCCGCUCUCACCAAUCAGCGCGCCACAACCACGACUGACGGCACAGCCGGCCAAUCGCAGCGAGGGGCGGGCUCUGCACACGGCACCGCCUCGCCCCGCGCUCUCAGGGCCCCCCGGGCUGGGCGAGGGCAAAGCCGCAGCUGAGGAACAGCCCUGGAACGGGCCCGGGCCCGGGCCGGCAUCCAGCGCAAACACAAACAAACUUCUCCGCACCUCCCGACACGGCUUUCCCGGCCCUGCGCCUUCGCUGCCUCCGCCUCUGCGGCAAGCCCACGAGCCCCGCUUCUCCUGCCCCUAA